UGUGCCGUUGAAGUUUCAGGGAGUGAGCGAGACUCCUAACUCUAACCAUGGGAAGAGCUCCUUGCUGCGACAAAGCCAGCGUCAAGAGAGGGACAUGGUCCCCUGAGGAGGACGCCAUCCUCCGGAGGUACAUGCACGAGCAUGGCUCUGGCGGUAACUGGAUCACCCUCCCCAUUAGAGCUGGACUGAAGCGGUGCGGGAAGAGUUGCAGGCUGAGAUGGCUCAACUACCUGAGGCCAGGUAUCAAGCAUGGAGGCUUCACUGAGGAGGAAGACGAUGUCAUCUUCGGCCUCUACUCCGCCUUUGGAAGCAGAUGGUCGGAAAUAGCGUCGAGACUACCUGGAAGGACGGACAACGAUGUGAAGAACCACUGGAACACCAAGCUGAAGAAGAAGCUCCUCUCCGCGGGCCCAACGGCUUGUCUCAAGAGCGAUAAAAAUCAGAACUUGGGCGGUCGCGUGGUUUCCGGCUUUCCUAAGCUCGAGACCCACGACGAACAUAUCUUAGAUUCAACGUCGUAUUGCUUCUACACCAGCAGUUUCAGCGCAUUGCCCCAGUUACACACAGGUCCUGGCCAUCAAGAACGCGGCUUUUUAGCCCCGAACGCAGUGGAAAGUUCGGAUUUUGGCGCUGGUGGGAACAAGAACAACUUCGGCGCUGCUGCCUCUUCGACAUCGCCGCAAGAGGUCUCUAGCCUCUCCACCGCUUCGUCUUCCCUUGCGUUUUGGGCGAACGAUGGAGUCUAUGCAGAGGAUGAGCAGAUCUUUCCGGACUUCGAUUAUGAUAUCCUAAACAGCUUUUGGUCGCGAACAAAACCGGAUUUGUCGGGACUGACAUAGCUUUAACUUGUAAAUUUGAUUAACUAGAGAUAAGGAACAGAUUUAGGAGGAGGGGUGUUUUUAAGCUAGAAAGUGCAGGAAAACAGAGCAUGAAGAAGGGUGUGAAGAUUGUCACGUUAAAAGUGAAGAUU